AUGCGUACCUCAUUCAUCGCCACGAGUCUUCUCGCAGUUGCAGCGACUCAAGUUGCGGCACAAUACACAAAUCAAUCCGCCCCAUUCAAUCUUGUGCUUCUCUCCUCAAAUGACACCUUGAAUGGCACCACUCUCUUCCCUUGCCAUGAAGGUGCUGCUAUCGAAGGAUUAUGCGUUGGUGCUUCAAUCACUAAUACAAACACCACCUUUUACACGUACAAUUUUAACACCUCCUCCUACGACACCAGCUUCAAUGCUUCUAUCGGCGAAACUGGUGUCUUAACAUGGCUUCUCCAAGGUGCAAAUUUCAAUCUUUCCUCGCCUUUCGGACUUUCGUAUAGCCCCACGAGCAACAUCGCCAUGCCAUUGUUUACUCCUGGCACGAGCACAACCAAUGUAGCGUUUGACGAGAACGAUUUGUUGAACAUUCAGGGCUAUCAGAAUGACACAACCGUACCAAUUACCUUUGGGACUGAAGCUUAUUAUAGGUGGUACAUCUGUGAGACGUACUGGGGUUACCACUACACGACUUUGGCUUGGGUUGUUGGUGAGGCUGAGCCACAAAAUCCAACUUGCGUCAAGGUUGAUGUGAAGAGGGUCUUUGUAGAGGAGAAGGUUCAAAAUUAUGAGUAA